AUGGCAGCAGAAAUGUCAUGCCUGACAGGUGUUGAUGAUGAAGACAAAGAUGCAGAACCUGAGAUCAAUGCCUUCACACUCCUGCAAGAGCCAGUGAGAAUGGCGCAAGAAGAAGCCACUUGCACCGAUUCUUUCAGCAAGCCUUCUUCGAAACAAAACAGUGUCCUAGAUGUUCUGUCAAACACAGAUAUGCUGUCUUCAGUUGGCCUUGGAAAUGGACCUUCUUCACAUCAGGCUACACAAGCCCAUGAACUCAACAGCAUCUCCACGGAAAAAGAUGAGGCAAAAAGCAUCACUCCUCUAAAAACUGUGCAGGAAAUUGACACCGCAGGGAUUUGGGGUUUUGAUGAAGACUCACCUGAGAACUCAUUGGAUAAUUUUAGUGGUGCCAGUGACCUUCAUUGGGACCCUCACAAAGAGUUUAUGCAGUUUCUGUGGGAUAGUCAUGGGGAUUCACCUGGUGAAGAGUCUAAAGAUGAAGUCCCUUCUGUCACUAACCGAGGGAGAAGAAAACGGAAAAUGGACAUGGUUGUAAUGGUGGAUCCCUCAGAGGACCUUUAUCCUGAUCUGAGCCCCAAGUCAUCGGAAGAAUUAUCUGAUGCUGAAUGCCAAGAAGACUCUAUUCCUGUCAGCAAAGUCAAAAGGUCAAGGAAGCUCCUGAAAUCACAGUUGUCCCCAACAGAGAAGGUUUCCAAGUAUCCCAAUGGAACUGUAAAGGCCAUCAAAGACAUUCUUUACAAUGGACCUGCAAGAAAUGCACACGAGAACAAAAAUCUUGAUAAAAGAUCAAAUGUCUCUAAGAGAGCUUCUUCUCCUAGUGAGUCCAGUGACAUUUCAGACUUGUUCAAAAAUAGCAAGAUAAGGAGAAGUCUCAAGUCCCAAAUAACAGAAUCGAAGCUCGACAAGUCUAUCAAUGUUCUCCUGUCCCGACAAAGACAUGGAAGGAAGACUGCAGAACAGAAGAAGGAAAGCAACAAUUGCAGCACAUCUGUUCAGAAUUCCAAAAUUGACAAAGAUAGCUCAGAUCAUUUGCCAGAAACAUUGACUGUCAAGGUUGAAGAACCAGCUUUAACUCCAAAAUGCCAUAGGGUUCCAUCAAGUGCAACUAAAAGUGAUCUUAACUGCAGCAGUGUACCCACGUUGAAAGAGGAUCAGUCAACAGUAAAGAAGUCGCCGUCUAAAAGGAAGAUGUCUACUCCAUAUCGGAACACCUCUGACCAAGACUCAUGCUUCAUCUUACAAAAACCAAGUCCCAAGAAAAUCAACCUAGAAGAAGAAGAGGAGUCAGACUAUGAUGAAAAAGACAUUUUCCAAUUCCAGGAAACGGAUGCCAUCCCUAACCGUUUUGACAAUGACAUCAAGAGAGAAAAACCAAACAUCAUUUAUACAUAUAGCAGAAGAAUGUCUAUGAGAGGUGCACUGCAAGCGUCUAAAAGGCUGUUUGAGAAAAUAAAGACCGAAGAGCAAGAUGAACAAGAUGGCCCUGAAAUCAAAGAAGAAGAAGAAGAAAUUGAAGUAUUUCAAGAAAACUUUGAAACUCACCAAAUCCCUUUGAGUGAGUCAUUCACAGAGGACGUAUCAGACUUGGAAUCAGAACGCAAGAACUGUCCAUAUUGUCCAGCAAUCUUUGAGUCAGGUGUGGGAUUGUCCAACCAUGUUCGAGGGCAUCUUCAUAGGGUCGGACUGAACUACGACGCACGCCAUGUAGUGCCUCCUGAGCAGGUAGCCUCUCAUGACAGAAGGCCAAGAAUUCGACGAAAGAUCUCUGCAUUGCGGAGAUUGAAAAAAGCAUUAAGGAUGGAGUCCGAGCCUGAGACUGUGAAGAGUAUUCACUCCUGUCCAUUAUGUGGAGACUCGUUUGAUAACAGGACUGGACAGUCCAACCACAUACGAGGUCACCUCAAAAAGCUUGGUAAAAGCUUUUCAAAAAAGAACAAAUCCCCUUUAUAUUUACUCCGGGAGUUGAUGCGUGACAAGAAGGAGUUCCAACGCGCACUUCAAAUUCUAGGAAAGAGAAGGAACCAUUUCCAAUAUGGUGCUUCACCAAAGCUGUCCGGUGUUGAUUGUUACAGGCAACAGCCCAGUGGAAUCCCAAAAAGGAGUUCUAUCCCCAGUGAUGGCACUGAAACUGGAUCACAGAUCCACGCCUUUUCUUUAGCAGAAAUGAAACCUGAAAAAAGGCAGCUAGAGACUAAACUGGAUGUUAAAAAUUCACUCUCUGGGGCAACUGCCUUGAUAGGAAUUUUGAAGAAGAGGAAAUGUCAGGAAGAUGCCAGGCUUAAGGGGUCCUCUCAGAUGUCGAGAAACACAUUAGCAGUUUCUACAAAUGGUGAGCACUGCCCAGGAUCAAGAGUUGCAUCUUCACUGCCAAAGUCAAUAUCCGAGAAAGGUGAAUUCAACAGGAAGGUGUGUGUCCACUGCAAUGCAACUUUCCAUAGUGGAGUUAGCUUGUCUAAUCACCUUCGGGCGUAUGCAAAACGAAAAAGGACUGCCAUAGAGGACGGAACAACAUUGGACUGUAAAAUAAGGAGACAACGCUCAAGGCCUGGCCCAAAGAAGAAGUCACUGCCCUUGCCACAAACUCCGGAGGAAAUGUACAGGCUCACCUGCAGGUUCUGUGACCUGGUCUUCCAGGGCCCCCUUUCAGUCCAGGAGGACUGGAUCAAACAUUUACAGAGACACAUAAUGAACACAAGUGUCCCUCACACUGGGCUCGGCAUGGUAGAGGUCACCUCGCUACCGAAGACCCUAAAGACUGACCAAGACAGCUCACUGACGGCCACAAACGCUGCCUCAUGAAGCCAAUGGGGACCUUUUUAGAUUUCACUAGACUGUAUGUGUAUGUACAUUGGAUGUUGUUUCACUUCUUUCUUUUUUAAGUCAAUGAAAUACUGGCCAAAAGUACAAUAUUGCUAAAUGAUGGAGACAAUGUUGGACAUUUGCAGAGUUGAUGAAGUUAAUUAAUUUGGAUAUUGUUACCUUUUCUGUUUUUACAUAGUUCCAAAUGGGCUGACUGUUUUUUUGUUUUAUGCAGUAAUGUAGUGUGGGAUCCAUUUCUAAUGAAGACAACUUUUACCUCAGAUUUCUCAUGGUUUGAGUCAGUUUUUGUCAAAAAUUUGGCUGCACUUCUGUAUCAAUUUUCUCAUUUACAUGAAAUCAUGUUCUCUUGUAUUGCAAAAUGUUCAAAUCCAGACCCACAGUCUCCUCUUUAGGCCACGGAGUUAGUGAGACAAAUAUUUGGACUGAUUGAAAGCACCAAAAGCAUCAUGAUAAACAGCUCAAGGAAUCACGAGAGUGAGCUAGUAUACAAGAACAAAAAAGAAAAAGAUGAAAACAUGUUAUGCAUAGAAAGUGUUUUAUAGUAUUUCUGUUAAUGCAUUGUUUCUAAUACAAAUACAACAUUUGAAAUGAAAGUGGUUUCAAAAGACCUAACAGGCACAACCAGUGCUGAACAUACAACGUCACCUAUAUUUAAUGUUUCAACUGUUUUGAGAUAAUUUAAUUUUUAAUGUACUAUAUCACACAGAUACAAUGCUUCAAACAUUUGUGUUGUUCUAAAUAAAAUAAAAAUAAAUAA